CUUAUCAUCUUGCACGUGAUGACAAUAAUUUUACUCACUGCUUUCAGCGGUCAGAGAUACCUUUGAUGAUGUUUGUGGCCAAAUACCGCUGUCUUUUCUGUCUCUUGAAGAACCUCCUAGAUAUUCCCUCCCCCCAUACGUUAUCGAGUUGCUGAACCAUGUUGGGAUUCUCUCGCUCGCAAUAAAGUCCACUUCUUGCCAUACAACAAAUUACAACGCUGCGGCCGUUCAUUCUUGUAGCAGACCCCGUCGAGCAGACAAGAAAUUUUGACCAGCUUCAAUGGACCAAAUUGCUACACUAUGGCGGCUUGGUCCCCUCAAAAUAUUGUGUUAUCUGCUGGGGUUCCUCAUCCUCUAUGUGAGUCAAUCCCCCUAAAGCGGCCUCAGUCUUACGUAGGCUACUCCAAAGGUUCUGUCGGUGUGCUUCUACCGGCUCACAUUGCACCCGCUGGCGAGGAUACCCGGCCCCUUUCUCAGUAAGUUGACAGACUGGUCCAUCGUACUCCAAGCAUCCAGCGGAAGUCGACACAUCCUGACGUGGAAAGAGCACAAGGAGUACGGUGAGGCGAAAGCUAGUAGUCUUUGUCUUUGUCCACAUCUCAUGACCGCAUUGACAGGGACCAUCGUCCGUAUCGGGCCCAACACCUUGUCAUUCAACACCGCCAGUGCCCUCAAGGCCAUUUACGCCAGUCGCCACGUCAACUUGCAAAAGGCCCCCUGGUACCUCACCAUCGACGCCGGAUCCGGGGCGGCCAGCGUGCAUUCGGAAAUCGACAGAGAUCGACAUGCCUUUCGAAGACGGGUCUUAGAUCAAGCAGUCUCUGAUUUGGCCGAGCAGCCUAUCCUCGACAAGAUCAAGACGUGGGUAGGAUACCUAGGCUCCGAGUCCAAGGCCAACGAACAAGACUGGUCUGAACCGACGGAUAUGAAGGAUUGGUGCAACUGGCUGAGUUUCGACAUAAUGGGCGAGCUCACAUUCGGCCAGAGCUUUGGCUGUGUCGAUAAGGGCGAAUACAGAUUUGUCUCGGAUGUCGUCCUGAAUGCUACUAAGUUCGUUUACGUGGCCGGCUUUUGGCCCUUCAUCUCUCUGGUCCGCCCUCUCCUUGGAACCAAAUGGGCGUCUUUGUUGUUUGCUAAGAAAGCUCACGAAUAUGAAGCGUACAUCCGGUACGCCAAUUCCAUGAUGGAGAGGCGUAUCGGGGCGGAGAAGAACCCAACUCAAACACUAGACGGGACGCCCACCACGAGAAGGAAAGAUUUCGUCCACCACCUCCUCCACGCGCGCGACCCGCAAACGGACAAAGGGCUUACUUUGUCCGAAUUGCACGCCGAUUCGGCCUUGCUCAUCCACGCCGGCUCCGACACCACGGCUCUCACGCUCAGCGCGGCCAUCUUUUACCUAGUGCACCACCCUCUGGUGCUGGCCACGCUGCAAGGUCUCGUGCGAACCACGUUUCCGACUCUCGAUUCCAUCCGCGCCGGCUCCGAGUUACUUUCGCUGCCCUACCUCCGUGCCUGUAUUGACGAGACUAUGCGUCUGGCCCCGCCCGUCCCCUCGCAUCUCCCGCGUGAAGUCUUGGCUGGCGGGAUCGAAAUCGACGGAUCAUUUUUCCCUGAGGGUACUAUCGUCGGCGUAGCGCCAUGGUCCAUUCACCACAACGCGGUAUAUUUCCCGGACCCGUUUAAGUAUAAUCCGGAUAGAUGGAUGGCGGCGUCGGACGCGGACACCGACAACGGGGAAGACGGACGAAAGGCUGGAACCGUGCUCGCCCGCUCUGCAUUUUGUCCUUUUGGGGUUGGCUCGCGCGGCUGCGCGGGAAAGCGUCUCGCGUAUCUGGAGGUGAGCCUCGCACUCGCGACGUUCUUGUGGGUAUACGAUGUGAGGUUGUACAGCAGUACUGCUAGUAAUACCACUCGAAGGAGUGGUCCUGGCGAGGGGAAAUCUGCGAAGAAACACGCCGAUGUCAGGGAUCGGACGGAUCUGUAUCAGUUGUGGGAUCACUUCGUGGCGGAUCGCGAGGGGCCAGUGGUGCAAUUGAAGAGGGCGAAUGUUUCACUGGGAGAGACGGAGUGAAGAGGAGAGCGACAGUGGCGUAGACUAGGAGAGUGAGAGAGAAGUGCAUAUGGGGAGAUGUUGUAGGUUACCGGUAGUAGUCCUAGGCAUUUAUUUAGAUGACAUGACACACCAAU